GUCGGUUCUUCAAUGUCAAAUUCCUAUGAGACGUGUUUACCCGCCAUUCAAAAUACUCUUCAAAAUUAAACAAGAUUCCUUAACGUACCAGCGACGGUCUGCUUACCAACAAACAAACAUUCUUUAAGCCUACAUUAAUAAUUUCACUACUUUUUAUUUAUUUAUUUAAUCGGUUCAUAUUAGGCUAAAAGCAUUAAAAAGCGAUGGCUGCCGAUCAAGAAUGCCCCACGUUCAAAUGCGUCCUGGUAGGAGACGGCGGUACUGGCAAAACCACAUUCGUAAAGCGCCAUUUGACCGGCGAAUUCGAGAAACGAUACGUUGCCACCCUGGGCGUGGAGGUUCACCCCUUAGUGUUUCACACCAACCGCGGCCCCAUUCGGUUCAACGUGUGGGAUACCGCCGGCCAAGAAAAGUUCGGGGGGCUCCGUGACGGCUAUUACAUCCAAGGGCAGUGUGCCAUUAUCAUGUUCGAUGUCACCUCUCGAGUUACUUACAAAAAUGUACCCAACUGGCACAGGGAUUUGGUCAGGGUGUGCGAAAAUAUUCCUAUUGUACUUUGUGGGAACAAAGUAGAUAUUAAGGACAGGAAAGUUAAGGCCAAGAGUAUCGUGUUUCAUCGGAAGAAGAAUCUACAGUAUUACGACAUUUCUGCAAAAUCAAACUACAACUUUGAAAAACCGUUCCUGUGGUUGGCCAGAAAACUGAUCGGUGAUCCCAACUUGGAGUUCGUCGCUAUGCCGGCCCUCGUGCCCCCAGAGGUCCAAAUGGACCCGCAAUGGCAGCAACAAAUCGAAAAAGAUCUCGCGGAGGCCCAGAACACCGCCCUACCCGACGACGACGAAGAUUUGUAAUCCCCUAUUUAUUUGUAAAUAUAUUAUUAAAAUACAAUUAUUAAAACAUAUUAAAGACUAAUGAUCACACCAUUUUAAAGAAAGCUUAGUUUAUUGUAUUGAUGACAAUAUCUCACUCGCGCCAUUGUCAUUCUUGUUUAACUAAUAGAAAGGCUGUUAAAUUUUCUUUGUCUAGCAAAACAACAACAAACACAAAAGUGUGAAAGGUAAUUUGUUAAUAUUUUUAUAUAGGUAAUAUGCCUGGCUGGUAGGUAGGUGGUCCGGAGGUGUGAUGUCUGAGUGUUUCUGAAUGAAAAGUUAUUUUUAGCUGUUAAAGUAUGUAACUUAAUGUUUCCAUUUUUUUUUUAAUUUUGUCAGUACUCGACUGUAAUAAACUAUUUUUUUGUCAUA